UCAGUGCGCUAUCAGCGGGGGAACGUUUUCAGUUUCAAUCUGCUCCAGACCGCCGCCAAAGCAGCUUGUAAAAGCACAAUCCCUCGCUAGCCAUGAUUACGAUUAAAUGUAAAGACACGGAUCUGGAUCCCCUACCGAUCAAGAUUGGGAUUAUUGGCGGUUCGGGACUAGACGAUCCGGACAUCUUGGAACAGCGCCAGGAGCGAGUGGUGGAGACACCAUAUGGUGAACCCUCGGAUGCCCUGAUCGAGGGCGAGAUCAAUGGCGUGCCGUGUGUGCUCCUGGCGCGACAUGGGCGCAAGCACGACAUCAUGCCCUCCAAUGUCAACUACCGGGCCAACAUUUGGGCCCUGCGGGACGUGGGCUGCACCCACUUGAUUGUGUCCACCGCCUGUGGCUCCCUGCGCGAGGAAAUCAAGCCGGGAAACUUGGUGGUGCCGCACGACUUUAUCGACAGGACCACCAAACGGCUGCAGACAUUCUACGACGGCAAGGCCCAGAGUCCACGUGGUGUUUGCCACCUGCCCAUGUUUCCGGCCUUCAGUGAACGCACCCGCAACAUUCUGCUCGAGGCGGCCAAGGAGCUGGAGAUUCCCACUCACCAGAAGGCCACCAUUGUCACGAUUGAGGGACCGCGGUUCUCCUCGCGUUCCGAGAGCCAAAUGUUCCGCCAGUGGGGCGGUGACCUCAUUAACAUGACCACGUGCCCAGAGGUGGUGCUGGCCAAGGAGGCGGGUCUGCUCUACGGAUCAGUGGCCAUUGCCACCGACUACGACUGCUGGCGCAUGGGAUGUGAGGGUGUCAAUGUGCAGGAUGUCCUGCGAACCUUUGCCGAGAACGUGAUUAAGGUGAAGAAGAUCCUGGUCAACGCAGUGGGUCGAAUUGCCAAGGAGGACUGGUCCGAGGACAUACUUAAUGCCAAGCAAUGCGUUUGCAACAACACCAUGUCGGGAGCCAUGUGACGUUUUAUAAAACUAUGCCAUGAAAUAACCGAAGAGACGCUGAUCCGCCGCAAGUUGUAUGUACCACCGUUCUACCAACAGUUUCACAGAAAGCGUGGACCCAAAGUUCACUCCAUAUCCAUUAAAUACGAGCUCGAUGCCGAGGACAAGAGGCACCCGGUUAAAAUUCCAUUCAAAUGUGAGACUGUAACGUCAGCCACAGCGUCGCAGUAAAAAAAAUAUACAUAUGUAACUAACAAACAUUUCCUUAACCAAAUGCAAACUAUUUCUAAACAA